CUUCCGGCCACCAUUUUGUCGGCCGUGCCUCGCCGUGCCGCCGCUCGGGGAGGGAGCGCAGCGCGCCCGCCGCACCCGGACGGACCGACCGCCAGCCAGACCGACCGACUGACCGCUCGCCAUCGCCAUGUCCAAGCGCCACCGCCUCGAUCUGGGCGACGAUUACAGCUCCAGCAAGAAACGCACCACCGACGGGAAAGAUCGGGACCGGGACAGGGACCGAGAUGACCGUUCCAAAGAUCGGGACAGGGAUCGUGACAGAGAUAGAGAUCGUGACAGAGAGAGGGACAAGGAAAAAGAUCUGCGACCUACAUCCAACUCUACAUAUUAUGGAUCUGCUGCGUUACCAGCUAUAAAACCAGCAAUGAUUCCACACAGUAUUAACCCUUUCACAAAUCUACCACAUACCCCACGAUAUUAUGAUAUCCUGAAAAAAAGGCUACAGCUUCCUGUCUGGGAAUAUAAGGAAAGAUUUACAGAUAUUUUGAUUAGGCAUCAGUCAUUUGUGCUGGUUGGAGAGACUGGGUCUGGUAAAACAACACAGAUCCCUCAGUGGUGUGUUGACUACAUGCGCUCGCUGCCCGGCCCGAAGAGGGGAGUGGCGUGUACCCAGCCCCGGCGAGUGGCCGCCAUGAGCGUGGCGCAGCGCGUUGCUGAUGAGAUGGAUGUCAUGCUGGGCCAGGAGGUUGGGUACUCCAUUCGCUUUGAAGAUUGCAGUAGCGCAAAAACCAUUCUGAAGUAUAUGACUGAUGGUAUGUUGCUUCGUGAAGCAAUGAAUGAUCCUCUGCUGGAGCGCUAUGGUGUUAUAAUUCUUGAUGAGGCCCAUGAGAGAACACUGGCUACGGAUAUCUUGAUGGGAGUUCUGAAGGAAGUUGUAAGACAAAGAUCUGAUCUGAAGGUUAUUGUUAUGAGUGCUACUUUAGAUGCUGGCAAGUUUCAGAUCUAUUUUGAUAACUGUCCUCUUCUAACUAUCCCGGGUCGCACCCAUCCUGUGGAGAUAUUCUAUACUCCAGAACCUGAAAGGGACUACCUUGAGGCUGCCAUUCGAACAGUGAUACAAAUUCACAUGUGUGAAGAAGAAGAAGGAGAUCUCUUACUCUUUCUUACAGGACAAGAGGAGAUUGAUGAAGCCUGCAAGAGGAUAAAACGUGAAAUUGAUGACUUAGGUCCUGAAGUUGGUGACAUAAAAAUCAUUCCAUUGUAUUCCACCCUUCCUCCACAGCAACAGCAAAGAAUAUUUGAACCUCCCCCACCGAAAAAGCAAAAUGGAGCAAUAGGACGAAAGGUUGUGGUGUCCACUAACAUUGCUGAGACAUCAUUGACAAUAGAUGGCGUAGUGUUUGUGAUUGAUCCUGGCUUUGCAAAACAGAAGGUGUACAAUCCUCGUAUCAGAGUGGAGUCUCUGCUGGUGACUGCCAUCAGUAAAGCGUCUGCCCAGCAGCGGGCUGGCCGUGCUGGUCGUACUCGGCCAGGCAAGUGCUUCAGGCUUUAUACAGAGAAAGCCUACAAAACUGAAAUGCAGGACAACACAUACCCUGAAAUUUUGAGGUCUAACUUAGGAUCUGUAGUAUUACAGCUCAAGAAGCUUGGUAUAGAUGAUUUGGUGCACUUUGAUUUUAUGGAUCCUCCAGCUCCUGAAACUCUGAUGAGAGCCUUAGAGCUUUUAAAUUAUCUGGCUGCUUUAAAUGAUGAUGGAGACUUGACUGAGUUGGGAUCCAUGAUGGCUGAAUUUCCACUGGAUCCACAGCUGGCUAAAAUGGUUAUUGCAAGCUGUGACUACAACUGUUCUAAUGAGGUCCUAUCUAUUACUGCCAUGUUGUCAGUCCCACAGUGUUUUGUUCGCCCCACGGAAGCAAAGAAAGCAGCAGAUGAAGCCAAGAUGAGGUUUGCCCACAUAGAUGGAGAUCAUUUGACGUUGCUGAAUGUCUACCAUGCUUUCAAGCAAAAUCAUGAGUCGGUUCAGUGGUGUUACGACAACUUCAUUAACUACAGGUCCCUGAUGUCUGCAGACAAUGUACGCCAACAGCUGUCACGAAUCAUGGAUAGAUUUAAUUUGCCCCGUAGAAGCACAGAUUUUACCAGUCGAGACUAUUACAUCAACAUAAGAAAGGCAUUAGUUACUGGGUAUUUCAUGCAGGUGGCACAUUUGGAGCGAACAGGGCAUUACUUAACAGUGAAAGAUAACCAGGUGGUGCAGUUGCAUCCCUCCACUGUUCUUGAUCACAAACCAGAAUGGGUGCUGUAUAAUGAGUUUGUCCUUACAACGAAGAAUUACAUCCGGACAUGUACAGACAUCAAGCCAGAAUGGCUGGUGAAAAUUGCCCCUCAAUAUUAUGACAUGAGCAAUUUUCCACAGUGCGAAGCAAAGAGACAGUUGGAUCGCAUCAUUGCCAAACUUCAGUCCAAGGAAUACUCACAGUACUGAAUUUAUGCUUUGAACUGAAGUUAUUCAGAGGACAGCUUUAAGAGAUGAAAGGAUUCAAAAGUUCAAGUUGUGCUCUUCACUUUGGUUCAAUAAUGGCCUUUAUUUGAAAGCUUUUUAAUUUUUCUUUACAGUAAAUAUUCCAUUCUGAUUUCAUAAAUUAAACAUUUAUGCCUCCCUUUUGUGUUGACACUGUAGCUCAUACUGGAAAAGCUAAUCAAUGUUUUGCAGUUUAUUGAAAGUAGUUCUAUAUAUAACAAUGUUAUAAGCAUUUCUUUAGAAAUGGUUGAAAAUGCUUCUAAAAAUGUGAUUAUCGACCAUGGUAUGCAUGAUCGUUGUAAUUGUUGACAUUCCUUUUAGAAGUUGUGAAAUGUUACAACUUGUGCUUCUGUAGACACAAUCUUCGGCUUCAGUACAAGAGUACUGACUUCAAUAAAGUCUAUUUAUACUAA